UCAAGAGAUGGAAGCUGAGAUGAUUUUACAAACAAGAAGGUCUACUUAUACGAAUUUCGGCCUGUCAUCAUUUUUUUUUUUACUAUUGUUAAUGGACAUCAAAAUAGCAGAGUCGUCUGCACCAAUCUGCACAAUGAUCAAUGACGUAUGACGCAUGCGCAGAACAAUCUUCAGUUCGAACAAAAUGAUCGUGAUAAAAAUUCCACAAUCUCUCAGCACUGGCUCUUUCAGAUCUAAACUCACAUCUAACUCAGAAGCGCAAAGAAUGUACGCACGCGAAAGUAACAUUAGAAUGAGAACAUUCUCGCCGGAUUACAUCAAAUGUAAAAAAGCGCACGCGGAACAAAAGGGAAAUGGCGAUAUCGGAUUGGUCGGCGCUGCGGACUGGCCUGAUGUUAUUUCGCGAGAUGUGUCAUGUGACCAAGUUCCUCUAUUUAUGCAAACAUCACCGAUCGACUCCUCGAGCUCGCAGUCUCGUGGCAAAACAAUAACAAACAACACAGUUCGCAAGUCCAAGUCGCUCGCGAUUUUCUUGCCCGUUUUUGCGUGAUUACAUUGUCGUGCAAGCGAAACGUUUUGUUGAUGCAAACCGUUGCGAUUGAUCUGUUACCUGUGCCUGAAUCGUCUCUGAAGCUCGUCGGAGGAAAAUCGAGUCGACGUGAAACCCAAACAGCGUGAAACCCAAUCUGGUCUCGCGUGAUGAUGUUGUCAGCCGCGAACAAGAGCCGUGGUUCGUGCGUAUUGUGAACGCGCGCGGGCCAAUAUGCGAUUUCGACGUGUUCGCCGCUGUUCUUCUCGAUCAGGUCGGCUCGUCGAGUGUUCCAACGUGCUAGAGAACUAGAGUCGUCGCGUGUCGUGAGGUUGCGAAUCGAUCGCGCAACACGGACGAGUCAAAAUUGAGUCGUGUGAGGUCGUUCGGUGGGCGAUAGUCCACGCGUGCGUUUUUUUUUUCCAUCGUUCCGCUCGCGUUUUCCAUUCGCUCUGUGAUUGUAAUUGUCAUCCACAAAUAAAGACGCGCGCAUAAUAACUGUCUCGAUACCGCGUCCCGAUGAAAUUGAAAUUGAACAAGUCGAGUUGAAAAACAAUAUCGUUACUUGACGAACUUUUAUUUACUUUCUCGUAAAGAAAAAUAACAGCGCGAUCAGCACGUGGCAUUGUUACUGUUGAAAAAUCUCUUGCUAAUGGACGACUCCAAGUAUAACAAUUUCUCGCUAGGUAAUAUGAUGGACAACGUGGUGAAACAGGAACCUGUCCAGGAAAUGGGUUCAGCUUCGGCAUCCGUGCCAAUUCCUGGGGGAUACAGGGGCACCACGCGCGGAAUAUAUGAUCAGUUUUCUCCGUCACCGUUGACAGGCACCUCUGGAUGGGACAUGAGGGCAGAUACCUUGGAUCCUUUUAAAAUGGAUCCCGAUCAGUUGGAUAUCUCAUUUAAAAUGGAUGAAGAUGAUAUAUUUCAAGUGGACAAAGCUGAACUUAUCCAAGGCCCGACUCUUGCUGAAUUGAACGCUGAUGAUACUCUUCUGGGGGACCUUAACUUUGACGACCUGGUGCUGCCAGAAGAAAUGGUUCAUCCAAUAAAGGUUGAGACUACACCGUCAUCUGGAUCACUGUUCAACAAUGGCAUAGGGUUUGCACCUAGUAGUUUUCCUCAAACUGGAUUGACUUAUCGUACUUGUCCUACAUUUACUAGUACUCAUGGAUUUAAUGUAAACAGAGGUUCCAAUAUUGUGGACAACAUGGAAGCUGUUAGUCCAACUGCAUUUCCUAGUCCAGGCACUAGCAAUAUUGCAGACAGUUCAACAGCUAGUUCAUCGACCUCGCCACAUCCUGUAGGACGGCCUAUUACAUCACCUACUUUGCAUAAUCUUCUUAUGAGGAGAUGUGAAAAUCCAUUUAAUAAUCCAGCAUCCAGUCAAGUGGAUACCGUCUCUACAAUUGGAAAUAAAUCCAAAGUUUCAAGACUAUCCAUGUCUGCGCCAACACAGACAAUGGGACAUCUGGAUCAGGUCUGGGCGCGCAGGGAACCAAGACAGCAUUUGUUAAGUACUGGUAGCUUGGUUGAGGCAGGUUCAACAAGUAGUCUAAGUACCGGAGGACCAUUAAGUCCAGAUCCACUUUGCACCGAUCUUCUUAGCCACGACGAAGGUUAUGAAGACAGUGACGAUGAUAGCGAUCACUAUGAUGAUUACAGCAGUGACAAUGAUACAGGUGGAAGCGAUGGCGAGGAUCAGAGUAACAGCAGAUCGGAGUUAGGAAAGGAAAGCAGACACAGUAAAAAAGAGCGAUUUUUCUGGCAAUACAACGUCCAAGCAAAGGGACCAAAAGGACAGCGAUUGAUAGCUCGAGCACGCCUAGAAGAUCCGCACGUCUUGAAUGAAGCAACUGAUCCGGUAUUUAGUCCUCAUUGUGCCCUCCGAGGAAUUAAACAUAGCGGGAAAGCACGGAAAGGCGAUGGAAACGACCUUACGCCGAAUCCUCGAAAACUUCAUAACAUCGGGCGCGAGUUAGACAAGCUCAAUCGUAUUAUAAAUGACAUGACACCUGUUUCAGAAUUACCCUUCACAGCAAGGCCAAAAACACGUAAAGAAAAAAAUAAGUUAGCCUCGCGAGCGUGCCGCUUGAAGAAGAAAGCUCAGCAUGAAGCUAACAAGAUAAAACUGCACGGACUCGAGGCAGAACACAGACGUCUUAUACAAGGUAUAUCACAAGCUAAACACACGCUCGCUGCUAAAUUAGCUGAACCCAAUCCGGAAAAUCAAGAAGAGCUUACACGACAAAUGGAGAGAUACUGCAAGUUGGCCACCAAAAUGAAAAUAGCGAAUCAUUCGACAGAAUUUGUGAACAAGGUAUUGGAAAAUAUUAGAGCUGGAAUUCCUGACGGCGGCAUCGAUAAUUUUUAAUACAGAAAACUACUGUGUUUUCUCCUAUCAAUUGUGUACCUAUGCAUACAUAUUGAAUAUAUCUACGCGUAUAUAUAAUAAACUUCAGAAAAAUACACUGAAAAUAUAUCGUUCGUACGCAUAUAUACACAUAUAUAUGCUUACAUAUAUAUGCGCGUAUAUAUAUAAUUAUGUAUGUAUGUAUAGGAUAAAGCUUUAUCUUUAAAGUUCAACGCUGUUGAAUGCUUUGAAAAAAAACAAACUUAUGUGGUUUAACACUUCUAUAUAGUUACCUUAAUGUAUAAUUAUCAUACAUUAAUUAUACAUUGUUUUGCAAAUAUUCAUCGAUAUAACUGAGAAAAACGAAACCUUGAUACAUGUAUAUUUGAUUUAAUCUCUAGCCGCUCUUCAUGAUCAUAUACAAAUCGUCUCAGUCGUCUUUUCUUCUCUUUUUUUAUUUUUUAUUUUAUUUUUUUAAUUUUUUUUUUUAAUGAAAACGUCUGCAUUUUUAUCCGUUGUACAUAUUGGUCAAAUGUAUAUAACAGUUUUAACGUAUCGUGUACGAUAGUUUCAGUGAUGUAUCUUUGUACAAACACACAUACACAGAGUGUAUAUUUUUUUUAUAAAUUAGCUACGGAGCAAAUAUAUUUUGUCCUUUUAUGGAAAUUAUAUAUUCUGAUAAAAGUGCAAGAAAAAAAGUGCCGAAUGCCACUUAACAGAUGUAAAAAAUUGAAAAAAAUAAGUUGAAAUUAAACGCAACUUUGUCAUCUACGGUAAUUCUGCAGGAUGCGAAAAGAAUAUAUUCGAUUAAAUAUAUCAUCAAUGUCCAUUAUAUCGAUCAGUGUUGCAUAUAAUGGUUUUAAUUUGCAUAAGAUAAUGUAGCACAAGAUUUCUUGCUUUAAAAUAGCUACAAAAAUAAGGUAUUAAUAUAGUAUUCGGUGUAAUCAUGUUGUUUUUUAUUAUUUGUUGAUACUAUAACGUGUUUUAAUUGUUUCUUCUUUUGCGUAAAACAAGCGUGAAUAUAAUUAGAUAAGUGUAGUUUUUUGAAAAUCAAGGUUUCGAAAUUGUUGAUUGCUUAACGCAACAAUAUAUUAAUUGACAUUGAUGAUUUUUUUUUAUAUGUCGACGAUGUAGUUUUAAACGUAGUAAUAAAAAAAGAUCUAUAACGUGCAGAAGUUGCACUUAGGGAACGAGCUUUGAGUGAUGUAAUUGUUUGCUGUUUGCUGACUCGAUCUACCUCAGAACGAAACGCUAUACCUAUAAAUAUAUAUGUAUGUGCAAAUAUUAUAUAUUUAUAUCAGGUAAAAACAUUAGGUAAGUUAGUGUGGUUUGCGCCAGAAUAAUUCGGAAAUCAAAAGAUUGUCAAGUGAUCGUCAUGAUGUUCGCACCUAAUUAAGUAUUGAAAAAAAAGCAACGUGUACCUUUCCGUAAUUCAAGGCUUUAAAUUCACGCGGAAAACUACGCGAACUUAUUUGAUUACCUGAUAUACAUAUAUGUAUAUAUUUGCAUUGAAAAUAAAAUAAUUAUGUGUACAUGGAAAGAGUUUUGUGUAUAUGAAAAGAUUGUAAUCGUGGCGUCAGAAAAAAUGACAUGCUGUUUUUUUUUAAGAGUUUAGGUGAAAUACAAUGCCCGGAUGGUAAAUCCGACAUCCCUUCUGUUUAUCAUGUGACAUUUAGAACAAUUAUACGCCGCGGUUAGAAUUAUAUUUUGCUAAUUACUAAUAUAUAAUAGAUAUAUUUUAAAUAUGCAAGAUGUUAAUCCGUAUUAUAU